AAGUUAACAGAAUUGUGAUUGACAGUUCAUGUGUCCAAUCAGCAGACGGUGUGGUGACGUAACGUACGUGUGCACGUAACGUUCAAAAGCCCGGACAAACUUAACCGGGCGAACAAACCGGCGAUGUUUCACUACAUUUCCCGCAGAAUCCGGCUUUAUAUUUUAUAUUUUAUAUUAAAUAUAAACAACUAAAUAAAUUCCGUGUAAAUAUUCGCUAGUGAAUGGGUUUAAAUCUGCAUCACCUCUGUUUGGCUCAGUGCGCAUGCGCGACAUCCGAGCUGUCAUAAUAUCCCCAGUGUUUGUAUAGAAUCAGCUGCAUGACUUCUGACUGUAGAAAUGAGGAGAAUUGAUUAGAAUUCAGGAGCAAUGAGGAAGGACGUGCGGAUGUUACUGGUCGGAGAGUCUAAAGUGGGGAAGACGUCUCUGAUCAUGUCUCUGGUCAGUGAGGAGUUUCCUGAUGUGGUUCCCUACAGAGUGGAGGAGAUCACCAUUCCUGCUGACGUCACACCGGAGAGAGUCCCGACUCACAUCGUGGACUACUCAGAAGCUGAACAGACAGAUGAGCAGCUGUAUCAGGAGAUCUCUAAGGCCAAUGUCAUAUGCAUCGUGUACGCCGUCAAUAACAGGAAGUCGCUUGAGAAAGUGAUGAGUCACUGGAUCCCUCUGAUCAACGAGAGGACAGAUAAAGAUAGCAGGGUUCCUCUGAUCUUGGUUGGGAAUAAGUCUGAUCUGGUGGAGCAAAGCAGCAUGGAGACUGUCCUGCACAUCAUGAACAAAUACACUGAGAUCGAGACCUGUGUCGAGUGUUCAGCAAAGAAACUGAAGAACAUCUCGGAGCUGUUUUAUUACGCUCAGAAGGCAGUGCUUCACCCCACAGGACCUCUGUACUGCCCCGAGAGCAGACAGAUGAAGCUGGCGUGUGUACAAGCUCUCACUCGUGUCUUUAAGAUCUCGGACUUGGACAAUAACGGAAUCCUCACUGACGACGAGCUCAACUUCUUCCAGAGAGUGUGUUUCAGCUCGCCGCUCGCUCCUCAGGCUCUGGAGGACGUGAAGAACGUGGUGAAGAAGAACACGGCUGAUGGAGUGAGUGAGGACGGGCUGACACUGCAGGGAUUCCUUUUCCUCCACACACUCUUUAUACAGAGGGGGCGUCACGAGACCACGUGGACGGUGCUUCGGCGUUUUGGUUAUGACGAUGAUCUGGAACUACAUCAGGACUACCUUUUCCCUCUGUUACGAAUCCCGGUGGACUGCAGCACCGAGCUCAGCCACAACGCUUCACUGUUCUUGCAGAGCAUCUUCGAUAAACAUGACAAGGACAGAGACGGUGCUCUGAACCCCAGCGAGCUGAAGGACAUGUUUGAUGUUUUUCCCUACAUGCCGUGGGGUCCGGACGUGAAUAACACCGUGUGCACCGAUGAGCACGGCUGGAUCACGUACCAGGGCUUCAUCUCUCAGUGGACGUUAACCACGUAUCUGGACGUCCAGCGGUGCCUGGAAUACCUCGGUUACCUUGGUUACCCUAUCAUAGCAGAGCAGGAGUCGCAGGUCACUGCCAUCACGGUGACCCGUAAUAAGUCUGUGGACCUGCAGCAGAAACAGACACAGCGCUGUGUGUUUCUCUGUAAUGUCUUUGGCAGCAAAGGUAGUGGAAAGAGCAGCUUCCUGCAGGGCUUCAUCGGUCGCAAUCUCAAUCAUCAGAAGACGAUCAGAGACGAAGACAAAUCGCACUACGCCAUUAACACAGUUCAUGUUUACGGUCAGGAGAAAUACCUGCUGCUGCGUGAAAUCUGCUCGGAGUCUGACUUCCUGUGCGAGUCUGAUCUCUGCUGUGAUGUGGUGUGUCUGAUCUAUGACAUCAGUGACUCGGACUCGUUCGACUAUUGCGUUCGAGUGUUUAAGCACUGUUUCCUGGACAGUAAGAUGCCGUGUCUGAUGGUGGCGAUGAAGUCGGACCUUCAGGAGGAGAAACAGCAACAUGGCGUCACACCUCUGGAGUUCUGCAGAACGCACAUGAUUCCUCCUCCACAAGUGUACAGUGUUAACACAGAGGCCACGCCCAGCCGAGAUGUCUUCAUCAAACUUGCGACCAUGGCAACAUACCCUCACCUACGUCUGCGCUGCAUGUGUACCUGUAACAGGUGCACCUUCUGCCUCUGUCAGAACUUCCUGAACUCGGAGCUCCUCCACGCUGUAAAAGCUAAACUCUACACACUCGUCUUCAGCAGGGUUGUUCCCUCAGUGGAUCUUCAAGGUUCGUGGUUGAUGUUGAAGCUCAGUUGUGGAGCUGCACUGUUGGCUCUGCUGGGCUUCAGAGUUUACAGAGCACUGAAUAAAUGCCGGUGACACACACACACACACACACACACACACACACACACACACACACACACACACACACACACAGUGUACAAGAGUUUCUGUAUUAAAGGUUUCUGCUCUGUGCCUCAUGGUUUGUUUGGUUUUUACUCCACUGUGAGUUUCGACCUGAACCUUCACACGAUGAUUUUUAUCCAGAAUCCUGAAUUAGAACCAUCACAUUGUUCAGGUUCCUCGACUCGGUUGACACAAACACAUGGAACACAUGGGACAGAUGGGACACAUAGAACACAUGGGACAGAUGGGACACAUCACACACCACACAGUGAUUUCGUUAAUAACACACUGUUUAUUUCUUUCUUUAAACACAGCAUUAAUUUGAAGAUUAAACAAAAUGCAAAAGAUGUAAUGAAGCUUUAGUUAAUGCUUUUUAUAUCGUUAUAGAGGAGUAACAACUUUAAACAGUUACACAAGAUGUCAUUUCAUAAGCAGCAAUACAGGAAAGAAGUGACGACAGUUUCUCUCUCUCUCUCUCUCUCUCUCUCUCUCUCUCUCUCUCUAUCUCUCUCUCUCUAUCUCUCACGCUGACUGGUGUCGACACACGAGGAAGAAAAAAUAUAAAACUGAUAAAACUGGAGACUUCAAGUAACUGAAAGUAAAUAAAUAGAUGAGAUGAACUACAACACACACACACACACACACACACACACAC